AUGGGAGAGAAUGCAAAAUCCCGAGGCAUGGCUAUUGAGAAGAAGAUCGAGUUCCUCGAGAGCUUGACAGGAAACAUUAGCAAUAGAAGGUCACGCAGAUGGUUAAAUGAUCGUCUGUUGAUGGAGCUUGUUCCACGUUUAAAUGCAGAAGAGAUCAGAGGCCUGUUUGCCCCACCACCUUGGGGUGAUGAUGUUCCGCUAUCACCAUUUUGCAUGACAAAUGUGGGCGAGUGGGACAAAUUUAGGCACAUAGACAUGGACAAAGAGGCAACCAUCAUAAAAGGUCUUGAAAGGUCAACAUCAAAAAGGAAAGGUCAUGUGGACACUGAUAAGAUGGCUAUUUUGACUGCAUGGCACAGAGUAGAUAGUCGAACUAGAGAGGCUCUUCGCCGUAGCUUUCAAUCAGAUGUUGUUAGUGGAUAUGAGGAAUGUAUACGUGCCUUCGUCAAGGAUAGUGAAGAAGGCAAUGUGCUUACUCUCCAUGUUCAAGAUCCAUUUCAUAGGUUAUUGCUGCACGGCGUCUGUGAGAAAAUGAGAACUAAAAACAAGUCCAAACAGAAACUGAAGCAAUGCUUCUCGGAACUGUCUUUCUGGAAAUCUGUUCUACAACCUGGUCUCGGUGACCGUUACACAGCCAAAAGGCCCAGUGUCAUUGAAGGCGACUACAAUAAAGAAGAAGAAGGGAGGUUCUAUGGAGCUCCCGAACAUUACGCUCUGCCAGUUCUUAAAGAUGGCCAAGGAAGGGAUUUGGUGAUUCUGGUGGCCAGAAUAAGCGGCUGUUAA